ACAUCAUUCUGCUUCAUUGCUGUGCUGUCUUGUAAUUCUUCCUUCAAUAUGCCUUCCAGUGUCCCUCCAUCUCAGAGUCAAGCUGAAAGUGAGGCUGUGGUCAACACCAUUAGCUCCUCUUCUCUGUCACUUGCCAUCACUGCUCAGGAGGAUUCUGUGGCAGCCCCUGCCAAUGAGAGUGGAGGUGCUGUGUCUGCAGUCAAGGUUGCCUUAAUCAAAGAAAAACGCAAGCAGAUAAAAAAUGCUGUGACAAAGGCCAGGCAGGCCAAUGCUGCUGUGGCUGCUGUCAAGGAGCAGAUUCGCUAUGGAUCUCGUCACAGUCUGGCUCAGGUCGGACGAGUGAAGAGAAAGGCUGAUGAGCAUAAGGCAAAGAUUGAUGCUGGGCCUGCAGCACGCACUGACAAGUAUUUUCGUCGCAACCGUGGUCGUCGCAUCGAGAAAGGCCAUCAGAUUAACAUGAUCAACUUUGAAGUUGAAAAAGUUGUUCUGAUCAAAGCCAAGACAGCAACAGACUGGAAAGAUAAGGCGUGCAUGAGUGCCGUAUGCAAGAAAGGUUUCAAAGCUACUGACAUUGUCUUUAUCCGAUCGCUUGCUGGCCACAGGCUGGAAAAGGCUAAGGCUGAUGAACUUGCAGUGCAUGAAGUCCAGCAUCGCUAUGUGCAUCUGGGGUGCAUGACUCAACGUCAGCUUUCUUUCUUUCAAAAGCGGCACAAGGGCAAGGCUCUCGUGGAUCAUGCCAAGAUUGAGGGUCUGGAUGAUCUGCCCGACAGUAUCAUGAAGAGGGUGAAGAGUCGCAUCCUAAAUGCACACCCGAGCAAAGGAAAGAAGGUUCUCAGUGAGAAGGAGACGAAGGAACACAGACAGAAGUGUAGAGCUGCUCAGAAGAAAGCUCGCAGUGAGCGUCAUCACAAGGCUAAGAAGGCUAAGACUGGCACUGAUCUUGCGGACACGGCUGGGACGUCCAUGGGCAAUGCCAUGGUUCAUGAGGCCCUUGUGGAAGCAGCUGUGGCUCAGGCUGCAGAUCUCUGAUAUAUAUCUCAAAUUGUGUAGGCGUACCAAAAUGUGUACGUGGAAAAAUGCGCAUGUCAUAGUACUUGCAAUCUCCAAGUCCGAGCAUGGUGUCUCUCACAAGACGACAGCAUAAUAACAGCCACAAAAAUAUAUGAUAAUCCAUGAGCCCAUGCAGGAAGUACAUGCUUCGCGUUUCGUAAGUCAUUCUACAUAGGACGAGGACCA